GUUCGGUCCAACAACUUUCCGUCCCACUAAAUAAAACAUACCAACUUUAAGAAUCCGGCCUCGGAGAGUCGGACAUGAUUCGAUUGAUUCCACAAGGCUUUACCUAUAGCCUCGAUGGCGGCGGGUCAAUACUCACGCGGCCAUAGCUGUACCCUUUGUCAAUCCAAGCUACGCCGAUAGAUCCGAUACUAUAAAAGAAUACUCGGAGUGUAUCUGGAUUCAGGUCUCCUGUUGCAAUUGGUUUACAUUGCAUUUCAACCGGGUAUAACCAGAAAGGCCCAAGCAUACAACACUUUGAUCAUUCCACCACUGCAGGUUUCAAUACUAUUUAUUACCGAGUGAGUGACUGAGUCAGUAACUUGGGGAGGUAGUGGGAGUCCAUUUGGCAAAGCUCUCAUUCCGUACCGGCUUGUUUCGAAGAAGAACAAAAAAAACCAUGUCUUGGUUUCGAUCUCGUCGAGUCCUGGGUGGACUGGCUCUCACAACCCUGGGCAUUGGAUACGGCACGCAUCUGUACCUGAACUCGCUGGAGCGUCGAUACCCGGCACUCCCACCGGAAACGACAACAUCUAAAAUCCUUCGGGUUCCAGAUGAUCCCAAGACGCAACGGUGCGCUUAUGUGGAUGUCUUUGCGGCGCGCGUGCCGCUGCGGAAGCUGUUGCAGUCCGACAACAGCAACGGCUUCGAGUCUACGUCGAGCAGCAACAGUACGCACCAAGAUCUCGCGCUACUAUGGGCCCAGCGGUUCCUAGACAGCCGAAUCAUGCGCAUGGAACGCGACUACUUUGGUCUGCCUCGACUCAAUCCCGCCAACUCCGAAGAACUACGCGAUGCAAAAGAGGGCGACUGGCGUCUCGGCGAGGUGCGAGUAGUUAGAAGAAGCUCUGAAGCCGACGCCGACGCCGAAGGCAGUCUGUUGCUGCAGCGGCCGUCGAAGACGUCCACGUCCACGUCCACUUCCAGUCCCAACAACCGUGUCAAAGCCGUCCUCUUCUGCUGGCGCAUGCCGGACGAUCCACGGCUGUUCUUCGAGAAACUCGCUGCUUGGGGAUACCCGUGGCGACUGAUGUCUGGUGGACGCCAUGAGUUGAAUGUCGAAUUGCUUGAGCCUACUGCCGACGACAACGGGGAAGAAGCAAUGGUCGAGGUGCGGUUUGCUGCGGCCCACGAUUACCACAUUGUUCCGGCCGAGGGGGACCGUCAGAAGAUCAUCCCGGGUUGGGUGAUGAGGUUGCAUAGGGGGUUUGGGAGGUUUGUGCUGGAUCAAGUUGUGAAGGAGUUAUGAUUGUAACAAGGUUGAUAUCGAGUUCGGUCAGUCUAUACAACCAGAUCAGUAGUGGGGUGAAGUCUAGAUGCGGUCCCUUGGAGUUUUGCAUCUGCUAUCGCAAGGGAAUGGGUAUACCCGGUAUAUUCUGCGUUUCAUAUAGCUAUAGUUUUGGAGUUCGUAGAGUGCAAAGACUUCGUUUCAAGUGAGCUUUAUUAACGGGUAUAAUAAACUUGCGUCUGGUCUGGAAGGUUGAACCCCAUCGUACGUUACAGUCAAAAAAAAAAGAGCGAG